AUGGAUAAAGAUAAGCAAACAAUAACUUUUAAUGAAUCAGUGAAAGAUAAAACAAUCAAAUUACAAGAUGAUCAAUCAAUAACUCGAAUUGAAGAUUUAUCUACAGAAUUGUUCGUUACAAUAUUUAGUUAUCUUGAUUGCUAUGAAAUCUAUACAGCAUUUUCAAAUCUUAAUUAUCGUUUUCAACAACUUCUCAAUUCUUCACGUCCUUUAUACAAAAUUCAACUUAAUAUAGCAACAUAUCGUGAAACAUUUACAAAUAACUAUAAACAAUUUCUUCUUGAUAAUAGUCGUAACAUAUAUUUCAUGCAAUUAUCGGCACACCUAGAAAAUGGUCAAUUCUUAUUGUCACUUAUUAUCAAUUCGUCGAUGAGUUCUCUCCAAUCACUUCAUAUAUAUUAUAUUCAUUCAAAUCUACUUGUUCCAAUACUUGAUAAAUUAACUGCUUUACCUCGUCUUUUCUCCUUAUCUUUUAUCAUAGCUAAUACAUAUGAAAACAUCGAUCAUAUUUAUCAAUUAAUAUUCGCCUUACCUAAAUUAAAAUCAAUUAGUCUUACCAUUAAUUCAAUUCAUAGUCAAAGUAAUCUUCUAACAUAUACAAAAAAACGACAAAAUACUAUUGAAUAUCUUUCUAUUAAUCAUCAAAUAAGUGUUGACCAACUUUUUGAUAUACUCACUUAUACACUUCAAAUCUGUCGUUUGAAAGUGCAUGAAACAGAAAUAUAUAAUCGACAUAUUCAUCGUGAAUUACCAAUCGAAUUAAUAAAUCUAAGACAUAUUUCAAUAGGAAAAUUUAAUGGAAAUUUGAAUCACUUCGAAAAAUUUCUUAGUGAAAUAUCUUGUAAAUUAACAUAUUUAUAUAUUAAUCUUACUUGUGGUGAAAACACUUUUUUAAAUGGUGAUCAAUGGAAACGGUUAAUUUUACAAUAUUUACCUGAACUAAAAAAACAUCAUUUAGGAUUUAAUAAUCGUUUCCAUGAAAGGAUUGAAUAUUCUAUAGAUUCUACACCAUCAGAUUCAUUCAAUACGUCGUUUUGGAUUGAACGACAAGAUGUGCUUGAAAUUCAAAUUUUUACCUCAUGUAUCCAAUAUUUUAUUCAUCGAUACAAAAAAAGAUGGUAUAAUGAUAUGCCAAAUAAUAUUGUCAAUUCUUCGGUCGAACUUUCAAAAUCUACACGACUUACUAUCGUCUUCAUUAAUCCUAAUGCUUCUCAUGACAUAGCAAGAGUAUUUACAAGACAUCUCUCAAUCAUAGUGCACAUCUAUCAUUUAGAAAUUCAAAUAAAUGAUUUCUUAUUUCAAACAUUAUUUAAAAUUAUGAGAUUAGUGCCAGAACUUAUUACAUUAAAAAUUCGUUCAUUAUCAUCAGAUCGAUCGAUCGAUUUAUCUUAUACAGAUCUAUUAGAAGAGAAUCCUGAACAAUACAGAAAUAAAAUUGCAAAAAUCUAUCUCGAAACAAUGUCUCAUAUCGAAGAGUUUUAUCUUCUUUUAGAACUUUGUCCUUCUAUGACAUAUUUUAAAGUAGAUCAUACACAUCCUAUGAAUAUUGAACAUGUUUUACGAUCUAUUUUAAUCAAAAUUAAUAAUGAUCAUAAUGAUCAUCUUCGUUUAUUAUGUUUUCGUAUUCCAACAUCAAAAAAUGGUGAUAAUACAAUUGCAAAAUUAGAAAAAAUGAUUAAUGAUGAAAAUCUUCUAUUGGAUUAUGAAAUAAAGCGUGUAUGCAACAAUGUCUACGUUGAAUGGAAAUGAUUAUUUUUCUUGUAAUAGGAGUGUUCAUAAACUUGUUUUUUGAAUAAAUGAACGUAGAUGAUCUUUCAAUUUUCAUAGUAUAUGAUUUUUUUAAAGUAUUCUCUGCAUUUUAUUUGUCUCGGUGAUUAAUGAACGAAGCAACUCUUGUUUCGAGUAAAGGACGUGGAACGUUCAGGCUAUAAAUUUUUGAAAGAAAACUCUAUGACGAUAAUGUGUUACUCAUGACUUAUAAUUUCAACACAUUUAUUCAUCAUAGUCCAACAUCUUAAUUUUUCACAUCCAUGAUAGCUAUGACGACACCAUGUAUUGAAAAACAUUUCAGUGGACAUUUUUCUUCGUUCUGUUAAGCCCUCCCCCCUCUCAGAGAUGAAGUCCCACUUGGGACCCUCCGUUUGGGCUCAAAUUUUCAGGAAUGAGUGAUCUUAGCGAAAAACGUUUGUGAUAAAAAUUUCAGCUUCAUAUGUCCCACGAAAUCGCAGUUUCGACUAGUUUUCGUACCUUUCAGAAGAAUCGAAAUAACUCCGUUAAGAGAAGGCAUACAGAGCUCGGACUGGUUUCAAAUUGUAGCUAAUCUCUAUACGCAACUUUUCAUCGGAUCGGAUUUUGAAACUCCCCUCCAUUUGUUUUUUACGAGCAAUUUUGUGGGCAUGCUUGCAAAAUAAGCAUAAAAAAGUGUGGUUCUACGACAGUAAAUCCCACUUUUCUCAGCCCUGGGAUUCAAUAGCAAAAAUCCGUCCGAUGAAAAGUUAGCUCUAAUCAAGACCUGUAAGGGUGUGAGUGGGUGUGGGUGGGUGGGUGUGGGUGGGGUGUGGGUGUGGGUGGGUGUGGGUGUGGGUGGGUGGGGG